AUGAGCGUCGUGGUGGAUAACAAUACGGUGACGGGUUUUACGUCAUUCAAUAAUACAAUAUUGGAUAAUUCAACGAACGAUAACAAUAAUCAGGUACAGCUCACAUGGAUACUAAUAUCAGUGAUGGUGUUAAAAUCGAGUGUCAUGGGGUUUAUUAUAGUGGCCGCGAUAUGUGGAAAUUUAUUAGUUAUCGUAAGCGUGAUGAGACAUAGAAAAUUAAGAGUUAUAACGAAUUAUUUUGUCGUGUCACUAGCAUUGGCCGACAUGCUUGUUGCCAUAUGGGCAAUGUGUUUCAACGCGAGCGUUGUCAUAACCGAUGGCAAAUGGUUAUUCGGGUAUUUCAUGUGCGACGUGUGGAAUAGUUUAGAUGUUUACUUUUCAACGGUUAGCAUACUUCAUUUGUGUUGCAUAAGUGUCGAUCGUUAUUACGCGAUAGUUCAACCCUUAGAUUAUCCUUUGAUAAUAACCAUACAUAAACUCGGAAUCAUGCUCGCGGUCGUUUGGUGUUCCCCCGCGUUGCUUUCUUUUCUUCCGAUAUUUAUGGGGUGGUACACUACGAACGAAUAUUUAGAAUUUCGUUUGGAUCAUCCCGAUGAUUGUUCAUUUAAAGUUAAUAGAACUUAUGCUGUGAUUUCAAGUACUGUUUCAUUUUGGGCUCCAGGACUUAUUAUGAUUUACAUGUACUGGAGAAUUUACAUGGAAGCUGACAUUCAGGAAAGGAUGCUGUAUCGAUCGAAAGUGGCAUCAGCAUUGUUAAAUAAACACCUGCAAAUAAAUGGUAUAAGUGCGGGUUUGGCAACACUGCCUCAUCAUGACUGCGAAAACAAUCGAAAUUUUCAACCCAUAGCGAUAAAUAAAAUGAAAAGAGAAAGAAAAGCAGCUCGAACUUUGGGUAUCAUAAUGUCCGCUUUUCUAGCCUGUUGGCUUCCGUUUUUCCUAUGGUACAUAAUAACAUCGGUUUGCGGUGAAAAAUGCGAUUGUCCACCAGGUGUCGUUGCGGCUGUUUUUUGGUUCGGUUAUUUCAAUUCGGCAUUAAAUCCGUUGAUUUACGCUUAUUUCAAUAGAGAAUUCAGAAUCGCAUUUAAAAAAACAUUGGAAAGCUGUUGUAAAAUGAUAUUGAGAUUGGAAACGGAAGAUGAUGAUCUUUGCAGAGCCAACAGCGGAUGCCAAAAAGUUUACAAUGAAGGGGAUGAUGAUGAAUGA